AUGGCUGGUCAGAUUGCUCGAGCAGCUACACUUUUCUGUGUGGAUGACGUGAUCGUUUACGACGAGACUUGCAAGAUGAAGAAAGAGUGGAAAGGGGAAAUAAUCCCAUCAAAUUCAAAUUUUGAGGCAUGCUUCUAUUUGGCGCGGAUCUUGGAGUAUAUUGAAUGCCCACAAUACCUCCGAAAAUACUUGUUUCCGUUCCAGAAACCCCUUAAGUAUGCAGGCCUUCUGAACCCUCUUGACGCUCAUCAUCAUCUUCGUAGUGACGACACUUCGAUUCCAUUCAGAGAAGGUGUCGUUCUUGAUAAACCGACGAAGUCUGGUAGAGGACCACUGUGCGACAUUGGUCUUGGAAAAGAACUGGAACUUGAAGAUGUAAUACAACUUCCUGCUGGCACCAGAGUUACCGUUGAAGUCACAAAUUUUGGAACAGAUUCGAAAAGGUAUCGAGGCAAGUUGUCCAGUGCUCGAAAAGUUCGUGAACAGUGCGGAAAGUACUGGGGCUAUGCGGUCAAAUUGGCAACCAGUUUGAAGGACGUGAUAGAUAGACGGAAAUUCGAUCUUAUAGUUGGGACUUCGCCACGGGGUCAACCUGUGGCCAGUGUAUUUAUUAACACUAUGAAUUAUAUUAAAAUUCUUCUGGUAUUCGGAGGCGUUUCUGGAGUGGACGCUGCUCUUGAAGCCGAAGAAACGUUGAGAGAAAGUUGUGCUGAAGAAGCUUUUGACUGUCUGAUUAACUCAUUACCGUACAAAGGAACGAACAGCGAACGGGUAGAAGAGAAUGUCUUUGUUACGCUGGCUGAAUUCACGAUGCGUUUACAGCAGUUAUGUUCUUGA